AUGCCGCAGAGCCGUGAACUCGCCAACAAAAAGAACGAGCACAAGGACCGUCACUCACGUGGCCCGUUGGGCACGGGAGAUGGCGCUCCGAAGAAGGGUGGAGCUGGCGCGCACAAUUGGGGUGUGUCGACGGCUGAAGAGGGAGCAAUCACGCUGGAUAGCAAUGACCCCAACUGCGACAGCUCGGAGGAGAAGUAG